UCCUUUGAUCAAAGUUAUCAUCAACGAUUCUAACGAUAUCCACCUUGAUGCAAUACUAGUUGACAGAGGUUGGGUGUUUGUUAUGAGUGUUGGGACUAAGUUUGAAACAUCAUGGCAUCAACAAUAACUCGACCGCACAUUCUACUUCUGCACUCUUCAUCUCCAUCACUCAAACUCAAUCUCAAACCAUCGUCACCAUUUCUUCGCUACCGAAAUCUCCCAAAUUCAUCGCCCUUCAUUCCACGACGUGUCUUCUGCUCCACCAAUUCCACAUCUUCAAAAUCCCAAUCCGCUUCCAUUGUUAACGAUCUUCUCGAUUACCUUAACGAAUCUUGGACUCAUUUCCACGCCACAGCUGAAGCUAAACGACAAUUGAUCGCAGCUGGUUUUCAUCUUCUUAAUGAGAAUGAAGAAUGGAAUCUCAAACCAGGUGGACGCUACUUCUUCACUCGUAAUAUGUCCUGUUUGGUUGCUUUCGCAGUUGGACAAAAGUAUGAUGUGGGUAAUGGUUUUUAUGCGAUAGCAGCACAUACUGAUAGUCCUUGUCUGAAACUGAAGCCAAAAACAGCAUCAUUGAAGGCUUCUUCUUAUAUGAUGGUAAAUGUUCAGACUUAUGGAGGUGGGUUAUGGCAUACUUGGUUUGAUAGGGAUUUGAGUGUUGCAGGAAGAGUUAUUCUCAAAAGAAGUGAUAAAUCUUUUGUUCAUAAGCUUGUCAAAGUCAGCAGACCCAUUUUACGUAUUCCUACUCUUGCCAUUCAUCUUGACCGCACAGUGAACCAGGAUGGUUUCAAACCAAAUUUUGAGACUCAUCUUCUUCCUUUACUCUCGAUGAAACUUGAGGACACUUCUGCAGAGUCAAAAGAGAAGACUGCUAAAUUGUCAUCCAAAGCUUCUCAUCAUCCACUGCUUAUGCAGAUAUUGUCAGAGGAGUUGAAAUGUGAUGUUGAUGAGAUAGUGAGUAUUGAACUGAAUGUUUGUGAUACUCAACCUAGCUGCCUUGGAGGUGCAAACAAUGAAUUCAUUUUUUCUGGAAGAUUAGAUAAUCUUGCUUCAAGUUAUUGCGCAUUGAGGGCACUUGUUGACUCAAGUGAAUCUCCGGAUGAUUUGGCUAGUGAACAAGCGAUUCGGAUGGUUGCUCUGUUUGACAAUGAGGAGGUGGGUUCAGAUUCUGCUCAAGGAGCUGGUGCACCCACUAUGUUUCAGGCCAUGAGACGUAUAGUUGCGAGCUUGGCAAAUAGCUAUGUUGGUGAAGGCUCUUUUGAGCGCACUAUACGCCAAUCAUUUCUCGUGUCUGCAGAUAUGGCCCAUGGAGUUCAUCCAAAUUUUGCAGAUAAGCAUGAAGAACACCACCGACCAGAGCUUCAGAAAGGACUUGUUAUUAAACACAACGCAAACCAGCGCUAUGCUACCAGUGGAAUCACAUCUCUUCUUUUUAAAGAAGUUGGGAAAAUCCAUAACCUUCCAACUCAGGAAUUCGUGGUUAGAAAUGACAUGGGAUGUGGAUCAACCAUAGGUCCAAUACUCGCUUCUGGGGUUGGCAUCCGAACUGUUGACUGUGGAAUUGCUCAACUAUCAAUGCACAGUAUAAGAGAAAUAUGUGGGAAGGAAGAUAUCGACAUUGCCUACAAGCAUUUCAAAGCUUUCUAUCAAAACUUUUCAAGCAUAGACAAGAUGCUGACUGUGGAUAGCUGAGCUGUGUUGUUGAACAUGUGUAUGGUACUAUACUUGUUUGCUGAGGAAAUGCUGCUAGUGGAAUUAACUGAGGAAGUGCUGCUAGUGGAUUUAGCUGUGCCGUGUUGCUGAACAUGUGUAUGGUACUAUACUUGUCUUUGCCGAGGAAGUGCUGCUAGAGGAAUUAGAACGGGAUAUUGGUUUUGGGAUCUCUUUAGAUUAGAUCAAUCCGAGAAAAAAGUUCUCCUAAAUACCUGGCAAAUGAACUUCCUUCCCUAGCAUUUUAGUUGGAUUAUUCAACAGAUUUGUUAUACAGAUUUGUAUGAGUCAAAUCCUCUCUAUUUGCUCAGAGAGCAUUUGUUAAUACACUAAAACAAUUAGACUUUUGGUUUUAUUAUUCCUAAUUUAUUAGCGGGGUGAAAUAGAAUUCAAAACCAGUGUUUUAUAA